ACUGGUUAAAAAAUUCGGGUUUUUUUCUGAAAUUUGGGCGCUAAACGCCCGCUCCGUCGUCCUCUCCACCUCCUCGGACCUCCAUUCACUGCCAUCAGUUCAUGGCUCCUUAACAGUUAGCACCAUCCCAAAUUCUCGCUGCCAACGCCAAUUUCUCAACGAAUAAUUUAGGUUUUACCCAAUCAGAACGUUCCUCAUUCAACACACACACACACACUCUCUCUCUCUCUCUCUCUCUCUCUCUCUGUGUAUAUAUAAUUUUUCCCGGGAUUAAAGGCUCGGGCAAAGAGAUUUGCCUCAAAAGUUAUUGGGAUAAUGAAGUUUUGAUGGAGGUUUGAAGGGAAUGAGCGGUGCUUUCUCUCUCGUUCUCCGAGAAAGAGAGAGAAAGCGAGGCAAAAUUUUCAAUCAAUGUUGUUGGUUUGGUUCGUUAUCGCGAAGCAGUAAAACCAGUGCUUUCUUUUUCAUUUUCCGUGGGGGUUUCCAAGAAAAAGAGUAAGACAUAAAAAAAGGGGAGAAAGAAAAUCCAUAAAGAAAAAUUUGAGAAUUGAGAGAAACUAUACGAUAUCAAUGGCGUUCCUUGCCUUGGCUUCUUUGCCUGAUACGUGGUUGUGAGGGUGAAAUUGAAGCGAAUGCGAUAUAGAAAUGGACGAAGAUAUGGAGGAGUUUGUUAUGAAACCGUUCGUGGCUGAAGAAAUUGAUCUCGAUUACGAGUUCGAUGCGGCUCGGUUCCAUGAUUUCACCCGGGCGGAGACUGAUCUCGAGGCUCUAAAAGCCGAGCGCUGGUUCGAAUCCGCACAUAGUUAUCCGCCUUCGCCUCUCAUGGUCAAGUUGAAAAAGUGGCGGAAAGACCUUCCUGUAGAAGGUAGAAACACCGAAACCAGGAACUCCAGUGGCAAUGGCUCUGACAAAGGAUUUGUUUUCUACAAGCAGAUGGCUGAAGCAGAGCCAAAAGCCAAAACGAAGUCCCCAGUCAAGUCAACAUUAUCGAGGAGUUCUACCUUAAUGAAACCAACAGCAAGUCACUUGGCCAAGCAGAAGAAACCUCGAGUUCAUUCUACCCGAUUUUUGAGUGGUUGGUGUUCCCCCAAUUGGGUCUCACCAAAGAUCGGCAAAUGAGACCGUGUUACUGAGAAUUAUCAUUUAUUAUUUCCCCCGCUGUUUUUCUCGGUUCUCUCUUUUCUCAACUUUAUGGGUUUCAGAAGUUGGAACGCAUUGAUGAAAAAGUUUGGGGACUUCUUCUGUAAUCCACAUCCAAGCUACCAAAAGCCAAAAGUCGGAAGCUGGUUACUCACGGAAGGUGCAUUAAAGUGUUUGUUAAUAAACUGUUUUGAUGCCUUAGAUCAGUUUUUAAUCGUUCUCUUCAUGACUUCUGGAGCACUUGUGUUUUUAAUCGUGGGUUUACCUUCAUGAUUGGA